GUACAAGAAAAUGGAAGAUUGUGUAACUCCUAGUAAACCUGGUGGCUCAUGGAAACCAUUCCAAGAGAGACUCAAUGCUGUUCCUUUCAGAAUCACCAGUGGAUCUGUUCCUGGUGUAUCUGUGGAAGUAUUUGAAGAGGACAACCGAGUAUGGAAGAAGCAUGUGAAUGCUUACAAACGUAUCAACAAAAUCCUUAGCUCAGGGAGGUAUCGCAACAUAAUGGACAUGAAUGCUGGCCUGGGAAGUUUUGCUGCUGCACUGGAAUCUCCCAAAUUAUGGGUUAUGAAUGUUGUGCCUACAAUUGCUGAGAAAGCUAACUUGGGUGUUAUAUUUGAGCGUGGAUUGGUUGGCAUUUAUCACGACUGGUGUGAAGCCUUCUCCACAUAUCCAAGGACAUAUGACCUUAUCCAUGCAAAUGGCCUUUUCAGCUUGUACAAGAGUGGAUGUAAUGCAGAAGACAUUCUAUUGGAGAUGGACCGAAUCUUGCGUCCCGAAGGAGCAGUAAUAUUCCGAGAUCAAGGUGAUGUGCUGAUGCAGGUGAGAAGAAUUGUGAAAGGAAUGAGAUGGAGUACCAAAAUGAUGGAUCAUGAGGAUGGUCCAAUGGUUUCAGAGAAAGUGUUGUUUGCUGUCAAGCAGUAUUGGGUAGCCAGCGACAACACCACGAGCUCAGAGUGAUGAAUCAAGCAGUGUUUAAAUGGAAGAAUAGUUUCAAGAUUACAUUUGACAAACUGAUUCUUCUUGUGAUUUGGAUUCAAGUUGUUUCCAGCUGAGUGAGGUGGCUGAGGCAUGAAAUUGUCUAGUGUCUUAACAUCAGAGGCAUAGGUUUUUCUUGUUUCUUUUGUUAAAAUGUAAAGUUGGUAGAUGUCCUAUUUUUUAGUGUUCAUAAAUCAUAGUCAUAAGAUUUCUUUAUACAGCAUUUCAUGAGUCAUUUUUUUUACUUCUAAAGCAAACAACAAAAGAUUCUUGAGAUCAUAAAGCUAUAUAGAUAUGAUCUUGAAACUCAGGUCCUGAUAGAGCUGGGUAUUGGUUUUACAUUUUCAUCUUUUUAUUUA